AUGGCCACGGUUACGGCAAGAAAGUUGAAUCUCGAAACACUCUCGAAUCACGGAUCUACGGCGCGAUACGUAAGCGCUCUGUGUUUGUUUGCUUCUUACGGAACGAAGCUCUCGAAUAUGACUCAAGAAGGCCAAUUGCCUCCCCCACCUGUUAUGUGGGCUCAAAGGAAAGAAAUAUUAUUUGUUACUAUCUGUCUAGAAGAUUGCAAAGAUCCUGCAAUUAACAUCGAACCACAAAUGAUAUAUUUUAAAGGAGUAGGUGGAACUGAACAGAAAAUGCAUGAAGUAACGAUUAACCUAUAUGGAGAAGUUAUUCCAAACAGAACUAUUCAAAACCUAAGAGGAAGGACUAUAGAGUUAGUUCUUGUUAAAAAAGAAGAAGGUCCAUAUUGGCCAAGAUUAACAAAAGAAAAAACGAAAGCCCAUUGGUUAAAAAGCGAUUUUAAUAAAUGGAAGGAUGAAGAUGAUAGCGACGAUGAAGGUGGAAUGGAAGGAAGUGGCAACGAUUUGGAAGAAAUGAUGCGACAGAUGGGUGGUCUAGGAGGAUCGGGAGAUAGUAAACCAAACUUCGAUGAUUUAGAUGCUUUAGGAGAUGAAGGUGAUGGAAUGGAUAGCGAUGAUGACGAUCUACCUGAUCUGCUGGAAUGAAGACAUUAUGACGCUACUUUAAAAUUAUCUACAUUAAAAAAGUAAAAAAAUUCAAAAACAAAUGGCGACCUAAAAAUAGUGCACCACCAGGCAAUAUUUUAGUAGGCCAUGCUAUUUGUAUUUUCAAUUAAAUUUGCUAAUGGCCCAUGUUGCAAUAGCAAACAAACAAAUAAGGUGCACGAAAAACUGUCAACAUAAAAGAAUACAGUGGUCAAGAGAAAAGAAACAGUAAUAUUCUUUUUAAAGAUUCUCCAAUCCUUCUUUAAUUCGUAAUUCAUAUAUUAAGUUACGAUUAACAUCCUUUUUUUUAAUAAUGAUUACUUGUGUAUAAUAUAACGGAGAUAAAAUAAUGAAAAUGACUUAAAUUAUUUGUGGAAUUCUUUAUUUCAGGAAAUCCCGUUAAAAGAACAUUGAUACAUACAAUGUAUGUAUAUAAAAAAAGAAUUUUUAUCAACUAGUUAGUGCAAACAGCUUUAUUUUGUCUCUUUAUAAGCUCGAUAUAUUUUUGUUUACAUUUACAACAUGUUUAAUUUUCAGAAUUAUACUUAAUUUUUCAUUAUUCUUUAAUAAGUACCAUAACAAUUACAAAAUAAAAUAUCCGUGUUCUAUACUAUUUAAAUAUAAGGAAAUUAUAGAAAAUAAAAUUCUCCUUUCAUUUAUCCAACGAUACUGGAAGCGCCGCGCAAUGCUAAAUAUCCAGCAGUUAUAUCCAUUGGUAGACUUCGGACUGUUGCAAAUUCUUCUGCCGUUGCAUAGUAUAAUUUAGUUUGUGGAUCUGUAUAUCGUGCCUGUAAAAUAAAUGUAAUUUAUAUAUCA